UUACCUAUUUAAUAAAAAAAAACAUUUCAUUAAAUUUAUAUAUUUAUCAAGCAACAACCUUACAAUUAUACUGUCCAUGUUCUAAAAGUGGAUCUGCGAAGUGCAAACUUCAAACCUGUUAACAUUGUUGUCAUUCAAAUAACAAAACAAUCAAAGAAAGAUAUCCAAAUCGUCGGAUCAAGAAAACAACUAUUCGGGAUGGAAGCUAUGGACAUCCAGGCAGUUGAGUCUAAACUAAGCGAUGUUACUGUAACAGCUAUACCUAUGAAUGGGAAAAGCAGCCAUAAGGAUUUAAGUCACGGGGGGAGUAGCCACGCGACUAUAUCUACUGUUCCUGCGUCGUCCCCGUCGUCAAAUGGUAAAGAUAAGGACAACAGUAUGUCAAAUACAAAUGCCACAAUGUCAUCUUGGAAAACUCUACACAAGUGGUGCACAAGUUAUAGCGCAGAUUCCGUAGAGUGGUGUCCUGUGGAGCCCUACACGGACAUACUUGUGUGUGGGACCUACCAACUCGAUAAAACCGAUGAAGAUGGGUCUACUAAAAAGCAGAAAAGACUAGGAAGAAUUUAUUUAUUCAAAGUCAGCGAUGAAAUGGAUGAGAUAUGUCCAAUACAAAGUAUAGAUACAUCAGGGAUUUUAGACCAAAAAUGGAGCUAUAAUUGCAUUGAUGGUUAUCCAGUCCUUGGUACUGUGACAUCGGAGGGUAGUUUACAUCUGUAUCGAUUGGUCAAUUUAAAAUUAGAACGUUGGCUCGAAGCUGUGAUUGGUGAAAAUGUUCUGGCGCUCUCACUUGAUUGGUCGACGAAUAAAUAUCAUGGAAAUGCAAGUAUUAUUGUUAGCGACUCGGCGGGAACUGUAACAUUGUGGAAGGUAGAUGAUACUUUAGACAAAGUUGGUGAGUGGCAAGCUCAUGGAUAUGAAGCUUGGAUUGCUGCAUUUAAUUAUUGGAAUUCGGAUGUGUUUUAUACAGGUGGCGAUGACUGCGUGUUAAAAUGUUUCGAUCGUAAAUCUCCAGACGCAGUAUUGACAAACCGAAGCCACGAAGCUGGAGUUACAGCUAUUCGGAGCCAUGUUGACGUUGAACAUCAAUUACUUACGGGGAGCUACGACGAAAAAGUACGUCUAUGGGACGCUAGGCAGAUGAAACGCUGUCUAACAGAAACAAAUGUUGGCGGCGGCGUUUGGCGCCUUAAAUGGCAUCCAAAUCGCAAAGGCGUCAUUUUAGCCGCCUGUAUGUAUGGAGGUUUUCGGCUACUUCGAGCAGAAGAAACAAUUGACAUCCUCUAUGAAUAUUUAGAACACGAGAGUAUAGCCUACGGUGCGGAUUGGAAAUUCGAAAACAAAGAAUUGUCUAUGGUAGCCACGUGUUCUUUUUACGAUUGUAAUUUGCUUAUCGGGAAAAUUAAUAUUGACAAUACUAAAAUACUUUGAUGGCAUACAGUCAAAACUAUUGCCAUAAUAUAUAAAAAAUAUUAUUGUUAUAUUUUUUAUUGUGAAAGAAUUUAUAAGAAAAAACCCCGCUUGUUAAAAUAGAUUUUAUAUAUUUAUAAAGGUGAUUAAACGAAUUAGCCAAUGUAACAAUAAACUUGUAAAAACAAUUGUUUUCUAUUUAAACGCGAUUCUAAAUAAAAAUACUAAAUCAUUUUAAACAUGUUGUAUUUCAAUUUGCUUAUAAUGUCAUGAUAAAUAUAAUUUAUAACAAUUACAUACUUAACGUAAAUUUGCCGUAAUUGUUUAAAAAAUUACACCAUUUACAAUUAUAAAGGCUUUGGAGUAUCCGAUAUUGUUCGCAUCUACGCGCCAUCAUGUCUGAAUAAACUUUUAAAACACUAAA